CUAAUAUUGUUGGCGGCUGAGCUUGCAUGUUCCUGGCAUUCACUUCAUUCAGCAGCAUCCUUGACUUCAGAUGUCGUCGCACCGGAUGGACGUGGUCAGACAGCCCCAGCGGACCACAGUCAAGUACCAGUUCGAGGUGUGUGCAGUGAAUACGGAAGUGGGCGACAAGGUCUUCCUUGUGGGAGGUGCCUGGGUUUGGACUUUCUGUGUGAUUCUCCACCCGAGGCGACAUGUGCGCCAGAAUUGGGGAAAUGGGAAAUGAACAAGGCAGUGGAGCUUGUGUCCACCAACAACCUCUUUCCAUCGUGGUUUCGUGACGUGGAGAUCAAUCCAGGGCAUUUGGAUCCCCGUGCUCCAGAUGCGCCGCAUGCCUGCGACCAGUACAAGUAUGUCAUACGUCGCAGGAGCGGGCACGAGGAGUGGGAGGAUGGCCCCAACCGAUAUUUUGUGAAUGGAGGCCGCCAGUUUGGCGGCAACUUCAACGGCACCGACUUCAAUGGCACCAAAAGGGGCAUACGCUUGGGCCUUUUGUAUUCGAACCAGCAAGUUCCCAGUCUUGAUUGGGUGCAGGAAGAAUUUGAAAAGCUCCACUCAAAGCUUUGCGACAUGAAGCAAAGCAUGAGUGAUGAGUUGGAGUCGUUGAAGAAGGCCCAGACAUAUCUCGCAGAGAAGCACACCUCGCAGCAGACGUCCUUGCAAGCCUUCCGCCGCGACUUCAGCGAUUUCCGUGUGAAGAUGCCAGACUUUCCCUCUGAAGAAGAGCUCGUGACCAAAGUCCAAAAGGCUCUUGACAGCAGUUUGCAAGAGCGCUUCAGGGAUUUGCAGAAUUCUGUCGCCGCCUUGGAAGAGCAGCUGGCUGGAAUUAGACCCAGUCCUCCCAGUGCUCCCAGUGUACCUGCAGGGCAGCCGUACAGGCCUUCUGAGGGACAGGGAGAGGCAGAGCCGCCGACAGAGAAGGCGCUCGAGGCAGGUCCAGAACUCAGAGCUCCAGUCGCGGAUGUUGUGAAAUCGCAGUUCGUGCAGAGAUGUGCGAGUCACCGGAGCAGCAUCCGGCCGAAGCGUGGCCUCAGCUCCUUUGCAGGCUUCAAAACCCCUGCAAAACCCAGCGACGAGAAGCUGCGGGCCAUCGCUCAGCAGGUUGAGCUGGACCUUUAUGCUUCCAAGUGCCGGGAUGACUCUGCGGAUGAGCGGAGAAAGCUGCUAACAAAAGUGAUGUCGAGGCUUCAUGACGACAAAGGCGGCGAUAAGGAAGUGGUGUUUUGGUUCUUGGACUGGAAGAAAGCGCACCUCAAAUGGUUCUUCGAGCCGCAUCCGGUACCGCUGGAGGCGCUGGACAGGUAGCGCAAAUCCUUUCGGCCUGAAGCAUAGAAUUCGAGAUUUGCACCCAGGAAGGCCCCUCAAGUUUGCACAUCCUCGUGGAGGUGCGGGCCAUUCUCCGGAUUUUUUUAAAGGAUCCAAGCAGAUUGUUUGCCAGGACGUUCCUGGGGUCCAAGGCUGAUUGUAUAUGUCCAGUGGUCCAGCCAUGGCAAUUUUGGAUUGCUCUGGGACUCAUUCCAAAUCAAGCCAAGGAUGAACUCAUGGGCUUUGAUGAGGGGUUCCUACAUUCAGCCCUUGGGAAUCUGAAGGCCAAUCGCACAGAUCAUUUGCGCUCUUGAGUCAAGAGAGAGAA